AUGGAAAACCUCACUCCCCUAUCUGAGGCCCAAAAGGUCGCGCUUAAUAAGCUGACCGCAUCUUUGGGUCCAGAGUACGUGGAGUUCCUUGUUUCACAAGGUCCUGAAGUGCUUAAUGCACAUGUUGAAAGCUUCAUGCAGUAUGAAGCGACCCUUUUAGGGCAGGUCCAAGACCAAAUAGCGUCGGCUAUGCCUACAAGCUACGUGUCUGUACCAGACGAAGAGGCUAAGCCUCGUCCACUUAGAGUGGAAGUGAAGAACUACUCCGGUAAGGAGGGUGAGAACCUCAUCCUCUGGAUCCGUGAGAUCGAGAUGGCCAUGAGAUCAGGUCUGAUCACGCUUAACCAUCAACAGGUCUCGCUGGCUAUCUCGAAGCUCGAUGGUAGAGCUAGAGAAUGGGCCUUGACGUGUAGCACGUCGGUGGACAUAGCUUUUCCCACAUGGGAGUCGCUCAAGUCACAAUUGGUACAGGUGUUUUCUCCACCUAACCAGGCUUACCGCGUGCGCUCACGCUUUCUUUCUACCCGCCAGGGUAAGAAUGAAUUAUCGGUCUAUGUCCAAGAGCUGCGAACGCUCAUGGCUGCAAUGCAGUCUGACCCUCUGCCUGAAGCAGUCCAUGUGACUAUCUUCAUGAAGGGUCAACGUACUGGCAUUGCCAGAACCGAGGUUUUUCGGGUUCACCCCUCUACGUUUGAAGAGGCUGUGAGAAUUGCUCUUAAUGCUGAGCAUAACUUCAAGUCGGCCAGACUUGGUUGA